AUGCCAGGGGCGGUGGCGCCCCAAGGGGUGCUUCCUAGGAGUGGUGGCGUCCCUAGAGUCGUCCCCAAAAGCGGCAGCUCCCCCAGGGGCCUUCCAAGGGGUGACGGCGCCCCUAGGGGGCCUUCCAGGGGCGGCAGCGCCGCUAGGGUUCUUUCAGGGGCGUUAUUGCCCCCAGGGGCUCUCCCAGUGGUGGCUGCGCCCCCAGGUACCCUUUCAAGGGCGGUGGUACCCCCCAGGGGGUUUUACAGGGGCAGCGGCGCCAACACCGGUUCUCCCAGGGGUAGCAGGGGCCUUCCCAGGGUUGGCGCCCCGAGGGGGCCCUACCAGAGGGGCCGCGUCCCCAGGGGCCCUGCCAGAGGUGGCGGCGCCCCCAAAGGCCCUCCCGAAACGGUGGCGCCCUCAGGGGCACUACCAGGGGCCGCAGUGACCCCAAGGGCCCUUCCAGGGGCUGUAGCGCCCUGA